GUAUCUGUUGACUCCAAACCAUUCAUCCCGAUAAGCAGACAUCGGGUUCACCACAACGAUCACUUAGAGCAGCCAAUUGUCCGCGCCAAUAACCAUGCUCAAUGACCUACGACACUGCAAUCCAUCGUAUAUGACGUCCAGAGGAUUCGGAUCAUGGGGCUGAUAGACCUUAUUUGACCAAUUGCAAACUCGCCCGUGUGCCGUCCAUGUCAGAUUAAUGCACGCCACGACUUGCGACUUGGCCCGGCGCCUUGUGUACGAUCAGCACAUCCACCUACGCCUGGAUUAGAUCUAAAUCGAAACCACAUAUCAUUGAGAUUGCGACCGUGUACUUAGCGCAAGAACAGUCGAUAUAGCGAGUGGCUUAUAUCUCUACCCAAACGUUUGUUGAAGCUUUCUCGAACAACAGCAUCUCAUAAGAUGUCCCAGAGUCCUUAUAAGCUGAUUGUAGUGCUUGGCGUUACCGGUCGUCAAGGCUCUUCUGUCGCAUCCACGUUCCUUAAUAUCAACGGCUGGAAGGUGCGCGGGGUUACUCGCAACGUGAACUCAGAUGCAGCUAAGACUCAAGCCUCUAAAGGUGUCGAGAUCGUUCAAGGGGAUCUGGAUGACGUUGCCUCCCUCAGAGCUGCCUUCAUGGGAGCACACGCAAUAUUCUUAAUGACUGACUUCUGGUCAAUCUUUAGCCAACCAGAUACGAUACAGGCUGCCCAAACGGCUGGCCAAUUUCUCCCGUCCUAUGUGCACGAUCAGGAGUCUCGACAGGGGAUCAACGCUGCGGAAGCUGCCUCAAGUCCGGAGGUACUCGCUACGUUAGAGAGAUUCGUGUUUACGACCUUGGCCAAUGUUAGUAAAAGAAGCGGAGGAAAGUACAGAUCCGUGUAUCACUUCGAUUCGAAAGCCGCGGUUGAAGAGUACGUUCUUGACAAGAGGCCUGGACUAGCAAAGCUGAUGAGCACGGUCAACAUGGGCUUCUUUGCGGAGAAUUGGAGAAUUACCGCGCUCUUCUCUCCGCACAAGCAAAGGGACGGUAGCUACGUUUUCAGAGACCCACUAGUUCCAGGGCCGCAUCAGGCAAUGCCCUUUGUUGUCGCGGAGAAGGAUACUGGGACUUUCGUCAAGGCAUUGGUAGUCGAUCUACCACCUAGGACAAACUUGUUGGGUGUCAGCGAGAUGAUCACCAUGACAGACUUUGCAACUCUUUGGGGACAGGUACUCGGCGUCGACGCCAGGGAGGAAAAGAUGUCAGAGGAUGUGUUCCUGGAGCAAUUUCCCGACGUCUUGAGGCAAGAAUUUUCUGAUAACUUCAGAUUCGUGAGGGAGUUUGGGUACACAGGCAAUGAUCCAGGUAUAAGCACACCUCAAGAGUUGGGUAUCCCAACUACUAGCAUGGAGCAGUUCAUCAAGGAUGAAGAUUGGUCUUCGGUGCUGGUACCAGCUGCUUCAUAGCUGGAAUCGUGCAGUGAUUGCAUCAACAUGAAAGAUACCCAACGUGCAUUGGCAUCAGGUGGUGUCAUAGGUUUCCCUGGCACGUUGACGAUGGAUCGUACGUUGUCUGCUAGCGUAGAGAACCGCUCUCUACUAUUCUACGCCAAGACAAUCUCCGCAAAAGUAGCUUAAACUCCACCCAGACGAAGACAGAUACUACAUUAAUGCUCUUAGUGC